CCCGUCCUCAGCCGCGCUCUGCCGCUCACGGCAGCCGGGACGGGCCGCGGCCGCCUUGCUUUGGAGACAGUCACCGGCCGCCCGGGCGCUGAGGCAGUGCCUAAUGACGAUGCGGCCCUCGCAUCCCGGCAGCCGGUGAGGGCAGCACGCGCGGCCGCGAUGGCGUCGGGCUGCCCGGCAGCCUUCGGGGACCCGACCGAAGUGCGCGAGGGCUUCCUGUGCCCGCUGUGCCUGAAGGAUCUCCAGGCGUUCCGGCAGCUCCAGGCACACUACGAGGAGCAGCACCCGGGCGAAGACCGGGACGUCAGGGCGCAGCUCCGAAAUCUAGUCCAGAAGGCCAAAAGAGCAAAGAAGAAAUUGCUGAAACAAGAAGAUGAUGACAGAACUGAUUCUGGAUCUCAGGAACGAUAUGAGUCAUUCAGCUAUGGUGGAGUAGAUCCAUAUAUGUGGGAGCCCCAGGAAGUAGGUGCUAUGAGAAGCCAUCUUUCUGAAUUCAAGAAACACCGAGCAGCCAGGAUUGAUCACUAUGUAGUUGAAGUCAAUAAGUUAAUAAUCAGGUUAGAAAAGCUUACAUCAUUUGACAGAGCAAACACGGAGUCAGCUAAAAUAAGAGCUAUAGAGAAGUCUGUUGUGCCUUGGGUCAGUGAUCAGGAUGUUCCAUUUUGCCCGGACUGUGGCAGUAAGUUCAGUAUCCGAAACCGACGUCACCACUGCCGCCUUUGUGGGUCUAUUAUGUGCAAGAAGUGCAUGGAAUUUGUCAGUGUUCCUUUGGCAAGCAAACUCACUAGUGCCAGCAGAGAGGCCUUGGGUUCUCAUACAAGCCCGAACUCCUCACCCAGCAGUGUCCAUGGCUCCCGCCGUGGCAGCAUUAGCAGCAUAAGCAGUGUGAGCUCUGUUCUGGAUGAAAAGGAUGAUGAACGAAUCCGUUGCUGUCAGCACUGCAAAGACACCCUGUUGAAAAGAGAGCAACAGAUUGAUGAGAAAGAAUACACACCAGAGAUUGUGAAACUCUAUGAGAAACUCCGACUCUGCAUGGAGAAGGUGGACCAGAAGGCACCAGAAUACAUAAAGAUGGCAGAAUCACUAAAUGCUGGGGAGUCAGCCUACAGCCUUGAUCAUGCUAAUGACUUGAGGGUGGAGCUUCAAAAAAUGUAUGAAUUUAUAGAUGCAUUAAGUAAGAAGAUUUUAAGUCUAGGCUUGCACGAAGAUCCUCAACCUCAUCCUAAAAUAUUACAACUUCAGCGAAUGAUAAGAUAUUCAGCUACACUUUUUGUUCAGGAAAAACUGCUUGGCCUAAUGUCCCUGCCAACUAAGGAUCAGUAUGAGGAACUGAAGAAGAGAAGACUGCAUAUGGUUGCUCUUGAAACACAGGGAAAACAAGAGGAAAAGCAGAAGGAGUUUAUCUCCGUAUCUGCAUCUGCAGUUAAUGGUGAUGGAACUCACAUAAAAAAAGGAACAGUCAAAAAAUCUGAAGGCUGGUUACCCACAUCUAGCAUUUCGAGAGAGAGAGAGAGAGCAGACCCACUUCUUCAGCAGAUUGACAAUAUCACAUCCUUUAUUAAGCAAGCAAAGGCAGCUAAUAGGAUAGAUGAGGUCCAUACGUUGCAAGAGAACCUGAUGCAGCUUCAGGAUGAAUAUGAUCAACAGCAAACUCUGAAAGCUAUUGAGCUUUCUAAAAAACAGGCAGAAGAGGAGGAGAUACAGAGGGAGGAGCUUCAGGUCCUUCGUGAAAAAGAGUGGGAAAGAGAGCACUAUAAAUUCAUGUCUCAGCAUUCAAGGACACGCUCCUUAGACUUCAGAGAAGUCAAACAGCAUUUGGAUGUUACUUGGACCAAAGGGGACACGAGUUUUGAAACUCCUGCUGUUGAGCAGCUGCCAGCAAAAGACCACUCAACCUUCACACUCAAACCCCAGAAUGUCCCACAGUGUGACAAAGACCGUGAUCAGCCAGCCUGUCUAAACCCCUUUGAGGAUGAAGCAGAUACCCCUCAAGUAGAAGAUCCUACUAAUCCAUUUGCCAAAGACACCUCUCCAGUGGUUUCUUUCUCUAACACAGCUCAACAAAGUGAUAAAAAAGAAUAUAAUCCAUUUGAAAGUGAGGAGGAAGAUGAACAAAGUAAUGGAGCACCUGGCAGUACUUCAAACCCCUUUGAAGAGGAUGAAAAUCCAUUUGAAAAGCCUGGGGGCAGUUGGAAUUCAGGGAAUCCAUUUGAAGAGGGAUCCUCUAUCAAUCCCUUUGAAGUGGAGGAUGGCAGUGAGAUCUCUGGAGAGGAGACUAUAGAGGAAGAGCUGCUUCUCCAACAGAUAGAUAAUAUUAAAGCUUAUAUAUUUGAUGCCAAACAUAGUGGACGACUGGAUGAGGUGGAGGUACUGACAGAGAACUUAAAGGAACUGAAACACACAUUAGCAAAGCAGAAGGAGAAAUCUAACUGCUGAAGCAGCAAUAGGGCUGUGUAAUAAUUCAGUCUGCUGUUAAAUAUGGGAAGGUAAAGCGGAUAGUUACAGACAGGAGUACAGAUCACAAGAGGGAAUUGGAAGAAGGGAGGGAGGGAGGGAGGGAAUCACAAGAAUCCUGACUUUAAAGCACUUUCAUUUAGACAUAGCCACUACUACACAGUCUUGAAGAAAGAAUUACUGAGGAAUGCUGCUGGUCUCAAAAGCUUAGAGUAAGAAAUUUUAAAAUAACUUUUUACAGCACUUUUUAAUGCUAACUGGUCUUACUGAAUGCUUAUUUUGGUCCAGGGGUUAAGUGCUAAUAGGGAACUAUGAUGUGGAAGUGGUUGGAAUAUUGAUUUGCCCUCUUUCCUGCUUUCUGCUGUUGUGUUGGCCUUUCAAGUGUGGCUUUGACUAAAAAGAGAUGAAAAUUUUUCUAAAACUUCUUCAUCUUCUCCCGAUCCAGGGUAGUUUAACUGCUAAUGGUGUUCUGGCAAUGUGCUGUUACAGAGCUACUGCGAUGCUCUGGGGUGCUGAAUGUACAGACUCGCCGACCAAGUUUAUGCAAUGCUAAUAAAUACAUAAAAGGGAUCUUAAGACUGAGAAAAACUUUCUAACUGAUCUUACUAUGAGUAACUUUUUAGUAUCUGUGUAAAGAUUCCCAAGUAAAAUUUGGAUGCUUCUUUUUAUCACUUCUGGUUUCCCGUUUGCUCUGAGCGAAAACGAUGGUGUCAUAUCAUCUUGCUGGCUUCAGACCUACUCAUGAGGGAGCAAGCAUUUGCUCAUUUCCAGGAAAAGAAGCAUCAGGCCAGCACCACUUCUAUCUGUAAUACAAAGGGUAAACCUCCAAUUGCUAAUUACAUUAUGGAAUCUACACAUUCCUUUAAAUCUUCUGGGGGACAGAAUGAUCAUGUUUGUUGUAUUUGUGAGACUAGAAUAUUUUGUAGCACCCAAGCAACAAAAAAUUUUCUUUAUAAUGGAAAGCUGAGAUGCCACUGGAAUUUUGUGAAAGCUGGGAGACAGAGUCUGGCUGCAAUAGUGCCAAAUGACAAUUCUCUCAUCUUAGAUUCCCCUCAGUUUUUAUGAGAAUCAGGCAUACCUAUUUUAAAUAAGGAACUUCAGAUUGAAGACCUCUUGUGAUCCUGUGGCCUGGGGGAUGACCUGGUGACAGCCAGUACCUGUGAUGCAGGAGGGCCUACAGCUGGGCAAAUGCAGGGUUUUUGAGAAAGAUGGAAUCUAACUGCUUUGAUUUUUAUCUUUGAGAGGCACAGCCCCAUCAGCAGGAAUCACUGUGUGCAGGAGUGGUGGUGGUGAGUUAAUCUUAAAGGGUUUAUUUAGAACUGAAAUAGAGGAAAAUCAGGCAAAUCACACUGUAUAGCACUAGCAGUAGUGGGCUUACUUGGAAGUGCGGUUCUGUGGAAUGGGAUGUAUCUUUUAAUUACAUCUCUGAUAUUGGCAUAGCUGUAACCCCAACACUGCUUAAGAUUUUAGAGACAAGUAACUCUGUUACCUAAAGGAACAGCUAGGAACUCUGUUUCCUAGCUGUGAGCAAGUGGAGGUAGGCACUUGUGGAACUUGUUUAAAAAGACCAAACCACUUGUAUCCUCACUUAAUACAACUAGCAAGAGGUUGAAGUAACUCAGACCAGCUAGUCAAGGAUAUCUGAUAGUCUGUCUGGUGUAGCCUAAUUCUGGGUUUGAAAGGUGUGUAGAAGAGGUUGGCUUAAGACCAUGAAGUUCUUAUACUGAUGUUUUAUUAGAGCUGAUUUAAUCCCCAAGUUUUAUUUUGCACCAAGUAGAAGAACACAAGAGUCUUAAAGGUCUUGACAGAACAGGUGCUUAGCACCAGAUUCAUGAAGGCAGCAAAAAUUGUUGAUAGCUAAACAGAGUCCCUGGAUUUAUCUAAGAGAUAGCAUAAGGCGCUUAUUUAGGAUGGAUGGGCUUGGUUGCUAGUCAGGAAAAUUGCAUCCUGCACUGUAACCUAAUGCUUUUUUAGAUAUCAACAUAAAAAGCUGUUUCAGUGGCUUCAGCUUUCUCAUUAAAAAGUGGUUUUAUCCUGGUUGCAACUAUCCUGCCUUGUUUAUAUUUUCUGGCUAAUACACUAGUAAUUGAAGUAUUCUUAUUGUAUAUGUAAUACAUUAUUUUUACAAGCUCAUGGAUACCUCAUGAUCUUUGUCAGUGUUAACUGUGAUAGACUAGACAGCUAAUAUAAAAAUCAUCUUUAACGUGAAGACCUUUGCUGGUAUAGGCUUGCAAGGCACAAGGGAAUGAAGAUGUCUUAAGCAUAAAGCUCAAUAACUAAUUAGCAUCGACUUUUGUUACAACUGCAUGCACUACUCCAUAUGAAAACUUUGUAAAGACUCAAUAAAACAAAAUGUUUAUUUUG